AUGAGCGCCUAUCAAUCUCCUAAGAAACACGUCAAGACUCAGUCCGCCUAUGCUUUCGACAACACCACAACAAGCAUUGCUGCCUCUCAAAUGAGAAACGUUCUCAACACCUUGGUCGACUCUGUGCAUGCAGCCGAUGAGCACACAAGGGAGCGUUUCGAAAAUGAGAUGGACACUUUCUUCGGGUUGUUUCGUCGCUACUUAGCUGACAAGGCCUCCGGUUCUACUUUGGACUGGGACAAAAUCAACUCCCCCACCAAAGAGGAAGUCGUUAAGUACCAAGAUCUUAAGAGCGUUGAAAACACUGACAACUUGUCCAAGCUUGCCGUGCUCAAGUUGAAUGGUGGUCUGGGAACCUCAAUGGGUUGUGUUGGACCGAAAUCCGUUAUCGAAGUUCGUGAGGGACAAUCCUUCCUGGACCUUUCCGUUCGUCAGAUUGAAUACCUCAACAGAACUUUCGACACCGAUGUUCCAUUGCUAUUGAUGAACUCUUUCAACACGGAUGAUGACACUCAUCAUUUGAUCCAGAAGUACCAGGGUCAUCGUAUUCGUAUCCGCACAUUCAACCAAUCUCGAUAUCCACGUAUUUUCAAAGAUUCACUGCUUCCUGUUCCACAGUCUUAUGAUGAUUCUUUGGAAGCCUGGUAUCCUCCAGGUCACGGUGAUCUCUUUGAAUCUCUGGUAGCUUCAGGUGAGUUAGAUGUACUAUUGCAGCAAGGUAAGGAAAUCUUAUUUGUCUCCAACGGUGAUAACUUAGGAGCAACUGUGGACACCAAGAUUUUGAACCAUAUGAUUGAAACAGGUGCUGAAUACAUUAUGGAGCUUACGGAUAAAACUAGGGCUGAUGUUAAGGGUGGUACUUUGAUCUCGUACGAUGGUCAAGUCCGUCUAUUGGAGAUUGCCCAAGUUCCAAAAGAGCAUGUUGAAGAGUUUAAAUCUAUCAAGAAAUUUACUAACUUCAAUACCAAUAACUUGUGGAUCAAUUUGAAGGCUAUCAAGCGUCUGGUAGAAUCCGAUUCAAUCAAAGUGGAAAUAAUUCCAAACAACAAGACUAUCCGCGUUGGCUCUCAGGAGGUUAACGUUGUGCAAUUGGAGACUGCUGUUGGUGCCGCUAUCAGACAUUUCCGCAAUGCACACGGUGUGGUGGUAUCAAGAUCUCGUUUCUUGCCAGUUAAAACAUGUUCAGAUCUACUGCUAGUCAAAUCUGACCUGUUCUAUCUUGAACAUGGUUCACUAAAAAUAGAUCCUGCCCGUUUUGGGGCUGCUCCACUUAUUAAGUUGGGUUCUCACUUUAAGAAGGUCAAGGAGUUCCAGGAUCGGAUUCCCCAUAUGCCUAAAAUCUUGGAAUUGGAUCACCUUACGGUUACCGGUAAUGUUCAGUUUGGUAAAGGAGUCCAGCUAAAAGGAACUGUCAUUAUCGUGUGUUCUGACGGUCAAAGAAUUGACAUCCCUAACGGAUCAAUUCUUGAAAAUGUUGUUGUUACAGGUAACCUUACUAUUUUGGAGCAUUAG